AUGGCAACUAUAAAUGGGUUGACGAGGGGUGGAGAAUAUUUCCAUAUGAGGUAUCCUGCUCACAUUUUGAACUUGGUGGUAAAUGAAGGUUUGAAAGACAAACAUUUAUCUAUAAAUAGUGUUAGGGAUGUUGUUAGAUUUGUCAAGUCCUCACCUCAUAGGGAAGCCAAGUUUAAAAAAUGCAUUGAAUUUGUUGGAAUAACUUGUAAAAAAUUAGUGUGUCUUGAUGUUUCAACUCGUUGGAACUUGACAUAUUUAAUGUUAGAGGUUGCAGAGAAGUUUCAACUCACUUUUGAUAAACUCGAGGAAGAAGAGUCAAGAUAUAGGGAGUUCUUUGGAAAAGGUAACCCCCUAGUAGUGAUGAUUGGGACAUUUCCAGAGCUUUUUUCGUUUUUCUAA